GUUGAGUUUCCGUACAAGGGUGGAUUCUACAGAGGCCUGGUCGGUCCAUUACCUGAUCCCUGCAUGUUCCGAAUAUCAGAAGCAUACAGUCGCUUUAGCCUUGAGGAUCAGCCACUUGUGACCACCAUGAACAUGAGGUCUGACCAGCCCCUUGUGGAAAUUGGCAUCGGGUUAGUGCAAAAGGGAAGUGUAUUGUCCUAUCAACAGCCUGCGCAGAAGACCCGGUACAUCACACAUAUUCAUGACACGCCACCAACACCACACUUGCCGCUGGAUGGACAUGAUUGCACACCAUCAGAUUGUGCAUUUGUAUGUACCAAGGAGCAGCAGCUUCACCUAAACAGUUUGUCCGUGUCCAUGGAAAUGGCAAACAAAAUUGAAAUAGCUACACGAGAACAAAGUUGUUGCCCUGAAUGGUUUGAGCUCCGAAAGCCGCGGGUGACCGCCUCUAGGUUUCGGGAGAUCUGCCAUGUCAAAGGCCAGAGCUCUGCUGAGUCGCUUGCAGACCGAAUAUUUAAGGGAACAAGACAAACGGCAGACAUGAAGAGGGGGGCUGAGAUGGAGUCAGAAGUGGCAGCUGAAUAUAGUAAGUUAGUCCAUGUCAACUAUGCACCCAGUGGUCUAGUUAUUCAUCCAACCACCCCCUGGCUUGCUGCUUCUCCAGAUGGUGUUGUUUAUGAUCCAAACGCAAACCCCCAAUUCGGCCUUGUUGAAUUCAAAUGCCCUAAUGUCAAAAACUUUGUAGACUGCAAAUACGUAAAAAUGGAAAAUGGUUCCCGAAAACUUAAAAAAAGCCACGCCUAUUACUGGCAAGUACAAGGGCAACUGCUCCUCACAGGGAUGCAGUGGUGCGAUUUUGUUGUGUGGGCACAGGAGGACUAUCUUGUGCAACGGAUUUACAUAGACACUGAGGUGCAAAAAUCAAUCAGAGAGAAAGCUGAUUAUUUCUUUUUCUAUGUCUACAUGCCACGAUACCUACAAAUGAAAAAUGAGCUCUAAAAACAUGAUCAAAAUAUAACUUAUUCAAUCCAAUACAAAUCAUCAU